AUGUAUAGAAAGAAUCAGUUAAUUAUUAACUAAGGCAGUGGAUGAGCAGGAUUUCAAAUUACCCAAACCUACAUGGAAAAGGAAUUAGUGAAACACUCAAAUACACGCUUUUAGUUUUCCCUUCCAAUCGUGUGAAAUCAAGAAACCAAGCAAAGGAAGAAAGAAAGAAAUAAGAGAUGCAGAGCAACGGGAGAAGGUGGCGACGGGGAGAGAUGAUCGGCAAAGGUGCAUUUGGCUGUGUGCAUUUGGCCACUUCAAACAAACACAAUUCCCGCUCUUCUCUAUUUCCUCCUCUAAUGGCGGUCAAGUCUGCUGACUUCUCCAUGUCCGCUUCUCUUCAGAAGGAGAAAGAGGUUCUCCUCAACCUCUCUCACUGUUCCAAUGUCUUGCGUUGUUACGGCGAAGAGACCACCGUCGACCCCGAUGGUUCCAUGGCUUACAAUGUUCUCUUGGAGUAUGCCUCUGGUGGAACCCUAGCCCGACUGAUCAAAAAUUCAUAUCCCUCUCCGGGAUUGCCUGAAGCCCUGGUCAAGCGUUACGCCUAUUCCAUACUUGCAGGUAUUUUUCAAGUUCAUGAGUCUGGUUACGUUCACUGCGACUUGAAACCCGACAACAUACUUCUUGUGCCUUCCUCUGCUUCUUCCUCUGAAUUUGUUGCUAAGAUUGCUGAUUUUGGAUUGGCUAAGAGAGCCACACUCACCAAGAAGCAGAAGCUGGAUCCUUAUUUGAGAGGUACCGCUAUGUAUUUGGCUCCAGAAUCUGUGAAUGAGCACAAGCAACAUCCUCCUUCUGAUAUUUGGGCUCUUGGUUGCAUUGUACUGGAGAUGCUUACAGGCAAGGAUCCUUGGGAUGUGAAGCCUGAUCAUAAGAGGAAAGAUCUUCUGCGUCUGAUUGGAGACCAAUAUCAGUCUCCCACAAUUCCGUCUGGGAUUUCCAAGGACGCUAGGGCUUUUUUGAAGGCUUGCCUUGUAAGGAAUCCCAACUUCAGACUCACGGCCGAGAUGCUGCUCGAUCACCCUUUUGUAGCCGGUCAAGACGACCACCAACCCUUGGAGGUUCAACAAGCUGAUCAAGUCUCAAAUAUCGAGAGAAUCUCCACUUCAUAUUCAUCAUUUGAGAGUGGUGAUGAAUUUGAUUCUGACGACUGUGGCUCUGAGUCUGAGGAGGAGGAUUCAGAGUUACUUUCCUGCUCUUCCUCAGGCUCAGAGGAUGUUGAAGACUCUGGUAGUACCUCUAGUUUUGAAGAUGGAGAGAGUGCAGGUGGAAGAAGAAGAAGAAGAAGAAAGAGAAGGGUCUCCAACUUUAUACCCAUUACUGAUGCGGACAGUUUACUCAACGCCAAACCAAUAGCUCCUCCCACGGUGCCCACCAUUCCUUCUAGAGUCUAGCUGAUGCUACUGCUUGCUCAAUGUGUGUUGUAAGCACUGUCUUUGACUCUCCAUACCCUCUGAAAGAUUCAUUCAUUCCAACUGUAAAUCAUUCUUUUUGGAAUUAGUGUUAGACAUUAGGUUUGCUGCUAUCAGAUUUUGACACUAGAGAAUUCAUUGUUGCCCAAUGUGGUACAUAUCACUAUUCUUGGAACAUAAAUGGUUAAAGAAAUACAAUUUUCUAUAA